CGUUGAUUGAUCUCUUAAUAUAUUUUUUAUUUGCUUAACAGGAUUCGCCGGUUCUCCCAGUUUAGUCAAAGGUUGGUUUCUCUAUACGCUACCGACCCUUCUUGAAGCGCCGAGCUGCGUGGAGCCAGGAGAAUCUUGGAAUGUCUUAGUUGAUUAUUGUGCUUUCAUAUGGAAUUCAGAAGAUCCAAGAAACGGAAGCAGCCAUGAGGUUGGCCAACAAGACAUGACUGCGUUGCCUAUCUUGUGUUCUUUUUUGCCUUCAGGAACGGCACAAGAAGGCGCGCUGAAGUUUAGGUAGAUGUUAAUACUGUGCUAGACUAGAUUAAUUUACUUGUUCUAUAAUACUACUAUAAUCUUCUUCUUUUUGAGUGGAUAGCUGAUACUAAUUGAAAUGCGUAGAAGUUUCUCAUGUUACCUGGACCGAUGAUGGCCAUGUGGCCGUGCACCUGGGUGCUGGUCAUUUGCUCGGUCCAAAGAAACGGCCGAAGGGGCAUUUUCUUAUGUUGGAUGAGUCAACAAGCACAGGCCACACCAACAGCCGACGUGCCAUAUAUGCCGCCCCUUGCCCCUUCCCCUAUUAAUAGGAGAAUUCCGUGCUGUCUCUCACAGUUUUGCAGAUUUCAGCAGACGGCCAUAGCUUUGACCAUCCCCUUCUUCCUUCAACAUUUGACGGCCGGCAAGCUCUUGUCCUCAGUGCAGCCAAGGCAGGCGGCCAUGGACGGCGACAGCCCGGUGAUGACGGACAGCGAGCGGAGGGCGUACCGGUACGUGCAGGCGCCCAAGGUGCAGGGCCUGGGCGGCAUCAAGAACUCAUGGUCCAACGACUCCCUCUUCAGCCUCAGCUACGCCGGCGCGGGGGGCAGGGCCGUCGUCCACUCGUGCGUCUGCGCGCCCACCACGCACCCGGGCUCCUUCCGCUGCAAGCACCACCGCCAGAGCGCCGCCCACCUCGGCGUCGCCGGUCACGCGCAAGCGCAGCCCACGGCUGAGGCUAAGCGCAACGAGGUCCACGGAGAAAUGUCGACCGCGGAUGACGAGAAGGCGUCCUGAAGGGGACCGCGUGCGUGUGUUUCUUCAUGGGACAAAACGUACCGUGCUGCUUGGUCACACGUGACCGGUGUAGUACGUGGCAAAGCUUAUUCCUCUGUCAUUUCAAAGACUUUUUUCGUGUGUAAGGAUGUUUAUUUGUUUUCUAUAUUUGUGAGAGAAGAGCGUUUCAUUUUCCCAGUAGUUAUGUAGGAGUAAUAUAUUGUUGUAUAUCACCCGCAAUUUUCUUUGGCCCAAAAACAUCAUUUGCUACAAA